CACACAGCCAGACAACAGACAGACAACAGACUACCCUCACCUUCUCACCUCGUCAGUAACAGCAGUUCCUGGUUUUCCACAGAAACAUCAAAAUGGCCUCCAGUCAGGCUCCAGCCAGCAGCCAGGUGUGGAGGCUGAAGCGUUAUGGACGUUUAGUUCCGGGCUCCACAGACACAGGAACAAAGCCCUGGAAGGUAUUUGAAGCAAAUGGCAGUAAACCUGGACUUGUCCUCACUAUUGUGGAACCUGGAUAUUUGCUGGUAUUGCAAGGACAGGAAUGCUUGGACACAAUCCCGUUGAUCUGUGGCUCAGACUCUCUCAAAAUACAGCAGAAAUCUGAUAACCUGAUGCUUCGAGUUACUAUGAAGGGAGAGGGCCGCAUGAUGAGGAUGCAGUUUGAAGGAAGUAGCAGGGAGGAGGCUGUAAAAGAGUGUUCAAGUGCUGUGGAGAAAGUGAAGGAGUACAUGCCUGUCACCACUCAGGACGACGCCCCACCACCCCACAAUCAACCCCCUGCUGAGGUCUCCGCACCAGUGAUUCAGGAAAAGACUGUGAGAGUUGAGCCUGAGGUUGUUCAAGGAUCAGUGUCCAUCAAGCGUCUGACAGAGCACUUCCUGGGAGAGGCUGCGGUGACUCUGCCUCAAGUGUAUCGAAACUGUCCUUUGGCAGAAGGUGACUUGGAGCCAAUCCUUCAUGUUUGUUUGCUGGAUCCCAGCUUUCCUGCAUUUGUUGAGAGGGUGGAGGAGGAGCUGAAUAAACUGCUUCAAGAAUGAAUAAUUUCCACAACAGCUGAAGGCAAAAAGGUCAAGUUAGUGCAAUGUUUUUUUUUUCUUUUACAGUUUGUGUGGGCAGCACCUGGUGGUGGAGUGUUUUGUUCUGCCAUUGUUGUUACAUAUUAGUUUAAUGGCUCAAAGAGAAGAAAUUAGUUAGUUAGUUAGCUAGUUAGUUAGUUAGAUAGAGAAGAAUUUGCAAAGCCAAAAAAACAUCUGGAUUCCUUU